CUUUCGAGAGGCCCCGUUAUGACUUGUGCCUGAUAAAUAAGCUAAUUUCUUUAGUAUCGAUUUAUUUAAAAUUUAAAUUACUAAGUUUUGCUAUAAAUUGUGGAUGUGCUUAUUAUUUUGCUUUUGAAAUAAUAUAAACAACUUCGAUAUACCAUUUAUCGACUUUAUGCGCGUAUACAGAUAUACAAAAAAUAUUGGAAUCAAAACAGUACUAUAUUUCCAAUUGUUUGAUACACAAUACCAUUGCUUUGUUUGAAAAAGUCUAUAAAAGUUGUUUCACAUGGGAAAAAAGAAUAAACGAAAGGGUCACCCAAAACCACAUUAUCGUGGACAACCACUUUGGCAACUGUUGGAGAAUUUGCCAAACCACGGCGUUGGACGGCUAAUAGUUCGUGGCUCCUUUCAGCAGGAUGAAGAACAUCCUAGUUAUAUGCGUAUACUAACUGUAGAUAUGACAUCAAAAUCAAUAAAACAUCCUGACAAUCCAAAAAAUGCAAACAAAAUAAGAAUCCCUGUUACUGUGGAAAAAGUAUGGCGUGGAGUAAUUUUUCCUCGACCACAGAAUAUCCAAAGUACCAGCUACUUACCAGAUUACAUACUUAUUCCUGAAGCAGAAGAAGAAAAGUUCGUGCGUAACGCGAAGACUGCAAGUGAAUGUAACUAUGUAUAUUGGACAGCUGGUCAAAAGAAAAGGAUUAGAGAGCGCAUAGAGCAAGGAAUGUCGCCAGAAGAAGCUAAACAACGGGAGAAAGAAAGGAUAGCCUUGCAAGAAGCUGAAGAUGAAGGAUCCGAUGACAUCGAUGAGGAUGAUGAGUCUUUUGGCUAUCAACAUUUUCCUGAAAAGCAUGUUCGGAAAAACUCAGCAGCCGCUAAUAAAACAGGACAAGAAACAUGUCGUGGUUCAAAAAGAAGCUGGCCUCAAAAAAGUAAUGAAGUAAGCGCGAAAUUAAGAAAACAAUAAUUGAAUAGAGUUAUUUAAACGCUUUUUCCAUUACUUCAUAUGUAUAUUAUUAUUUGAUCAUGGUCAGAUAGAAACUAUAAUUUUCAAUCUUAACGAUUUGUCUGAACUACAUAUAUCUAUACUUGAAUCUGUAUUAAAUAUUUAAUGCAUCGACAACUUUAAAUAAACAUACAAAUGAAUUAAAAUACUUUAA